GGAGCUGGGAGUUUGGGGUGCGCUGGGGGGGUCAGGGCUGGGGAUUGGCGGCUGUUUAGAGGUCACAAGCCCUCCCAGCGCUGCCGCUGUAUUAAACCGCUCCCCGGGAAAAGGCGGGGGGGGCCGGUCUCUCAGCGGGGGAAAAGGAGGAGGGGCGGGGAGCCGGUCUGCCUGGCCCCGGGGACCGCCUUAACUUGGGCUGGAGAGGACGGAAGCGGCCCCGGCGCAGGCUGGGAGUUGUAGUUCCUGACUCUCCUCGGAGCGGAAGUGACGUCGGCGGGGAGGCGGAGCCGGGUUGGGAGGGAGAGUUGGUUGCUUCGGCUCUGCCUGGCUCGCGCGGGGCCGUUGGAGCCUCUCCCGGGGCCGGAGAAGGGUGUGUGACUGAGAUCAGGGCUCCUAUCGUACUGAGCGUGGCCCUGUUUUGCCAGGCACUGAAGAGACCCCAACUGAGACCUGGACCCUGUUCUGCCAGGCACUGAAGAGACCCCAGUUGCCCUUCUCGCCCUGCCAGGCUGCAGGAUGUCGUCCAUGUUUCGCUCCAGCUCAUCCCAACCUCCCAUGGGACAGGGAAUGGAAACGGCUGCAGAGGAGCCUGCUCAGGGGCCGGUGACCUUGGAGGAGGUGGCUGUGUAUUUCACCAGAGAAGAGGGGGCUCUGCUGGACCCCACUCAGAGAGCCCUCUACAGGGAUGUCAUGCAGGAGAAGUAUGAGAAUGUGACUUCGCUGGAGAUUCCAGUUUCCAAACCUAAUGUCAUUUUGCAGCUGGAACGAGGGGAAGAACCAUGGGUCCCAGAUCUCCAAGUCUCUGAGAAAGAAGUGCUCCCGAGAGCUGCCUACAUAGGGAGUGAUCUAUGUCUGGAUUCUCUCUGUCUCCCAUCAGGUGAUGGGAUGGUGAGUGAUAACGAGGAGGAGAAACCCCAGCAGGAAGAUGCUGAGCAAGUAGAACUACAUGGGACAUUAUCAGGAAGAUCCAAAGGGAAUGUUUCCAGGAUUUGUGCAUGCCCAGAAAAAGCAAAAGCCUGUGAGACUGAGCAGAGGCCAGAGGAAAACUUCAGUAGCUUCUCAGACCUUAUUUCAAGUGAGAGAAUCAACUUGGAAGAUACACGUUACACAUGCAAUGAGUGCGGGAAACGCUUCAAUUGGCACUCACACCUUAUCAUACAUCGUAGAAUCCACACUGGUGAGAGACCUUAUGGAUGCUCUGAGUGUGGGAAAUGCUUCGCUAAUAGUUCAACCCUCAUCUCACAUCAGCGAAUCCACACAGGAGAGAAGCCCUACACAUGCUCAGAGUGCGGGAAAAGCUUCAGUCAGAGCUCUGCCCUUAUCAAACAUCGGAGAAUCCACGCCAGGGAGAAGCCCCACAUGUGCACUGAGUGCGGGAAAAGCUUCAGUCAGCGCUCACACCUUAUCAAACAUCAGAGAAUCGACAUAGGUGAGAAACCUUACGCAGGCCUGCACAACUCGAAAAAUACAUGCUGUGAGUGUGGGAAAAGCUUCUCCAGCAGCUCGGCCCUUUCUCAACAUCAGAGAAUCCACACAGGGGAGAGGCCCUAUGAAUGCCGUGAGUGUGGGAAAACCUUCACUCAGAGAUCAGGCCUUUCUGAACAUCAGAGAAUCCACACAGGGGAGAGGCUCUGUGAAUGCCGUGAGUGUGGGAAAACUUUCACUCACAGAUCAGGCCUUUCUCAACAUCAGAGAAUCCACACAGGGGAGAGGCCUUUUGAAUGCCGUGAGUGUGGCAAAACCUUCAGUCAGAGCUCAGUCCUUUCUAAACAUCAGAGAAUCCACACAGGGGAGAGGCCCUAUGAAUGCCGUGAGUGUGGGAAACGCUUCACUGAAAGAUCAACCCUUUCUAAACAUCAGAGAAUCCACACAGGGGAGAGGCCCUAUGAAUGCCGUGAGUGUGGGAAAAGCUUCACUCACAGAUCAGGCCUUUCUCAACAUCAGAGAAUCCACACAGGGGAGAGGCCUUUUGUAUGCAGUGAGUGUGGGAAAACCUUCAAUCACAGCUCAGUCCUUUCUAAACAUCAGAGAAUCCACCAGACGGGAGAGGCCCUAUGAAUGCCAUGAGUGUGAGGAAAAACUUCAUUCACCGCCCACAGCUUGUUAGCCAUCAGAGAAUCCACACAGGUAUGCGACCCAAUGGAAGUAGUGAAUGUGGGAAAACCUUAUUUUGCCACUGAGCCCAUGUGAGCCAUCAGAGAAUCUGCAAACACUAUAGAAACCCCUAGGGCUAUCAAUACUUUAAUACUUUUCCUGAUUCCCACAGAGUAACUUUUAAAAGCUGUUUGAACUGCUUGAAGCACCGAUAUCCCUCAGUUUGUCCAGAUGAGUGGCCAAGUUUUGCAUUUUGCAGUUUGACUCUUUGAGGUGGACCCAUUUGUCCUUUUUAUCAACUCCAUUCUCCCAUGAGUAAUUUGAGUGUGCCCUUCUCAAAAGAAACAAGGGAGCAUCACAUUUAUACCAUUCCUCCUAUUGCAGAGUUAUUGUUAGAGUCACCAGUGAUGCAGAUUGUAUCAUUGCCAGUUAUUCUCACGUUGCUUCGGGGUUGUGCUGAAGAGUAGUUAUCAUGGGAACUUUCCAAAUUAUAUUUAAAUGAAGAGGAGCAAGGGCAGGAAAAAAAGUGUCAUUUCAGCCUCUGUGAUACUGGAAGGAAA